GGACUCCUUUUGGAGUGAUGCCACUUGGAUAUCUCUUGCCUGUUCGUGCUCUUCUCUUAGCCCCACCUGCUUCUGGGUCUCUGUGUACUCUUUUUGGGAAAUGGGCUCUUGCGUUUCACUUGCCUGAAAAUAUUUCUCUUGGAGCUCUGUCUGUUUCUGGAUCUCUGUGGACUCUUUUUGAGGCAGAGGCUCUAGGUUUUCGCCCGCUUGAACAAGUUUCUCUCUUAGUUCCGUCUCUUUCUGGGUCUUGGUGGACUCCUUUUGGAGUGAUGCCACUUGGAUAUCUCUUGCCUGCUCGUGCUCUUCUCUUAGCCCCAUCUGCUUCUGGGUCUCUGUGUACUCUUUUGGGGAAAUGGGCUCUUGCGUUUCACUUGCCUGAAAAUAUUUCUCUUGGAGCUCUGUCUGUUUCUGGAUCUCAAUGGACUCUUUUUGGGGUGAUGGCACUUGGAGAUCUCUUGCUUGCUCGUGCUCUUCUGUUACCUCCAUCUGUGUCUCUGUUGACUCUUUUUGGGCUAUGGGUGCUUGUGUUUUACUUGCCUGAAAAUAUAUCCAUUGUAGCUCCGUCUGUUGCUGGAUCUCGGUGGACUCUGUUUGAUGCAGAGGCUCUUGGUUUUCGCUUGCUUCAAUAUCCUUCUCUUGUAGCUCCAUCCGUUUCUGGAUCUCAUUCGGCUCGUUUUGGGCUUUUGGCACCUGGUUUUCUACUGGCUGCAUAUGGUGUUCUAAUAGCUCCAUAUGUCUCUGGCUCUCAGAUGACUCUUUUUGGGAAAUGGUGUCUUGUGUUUCCCUUGCCUGAAAACGUUGUUUUCGUAGCUCCAUCUGUUUCUGUAUCUCAGUGGACUCGGUUUCUGGCAGGAGCUCCUGGUUUUCAAUUGCCUGAAGCUGUUUCUCCAAUAGCUCCGUCUGCUUCUGGGUCUCAGUGGGCUCGUUUUGGGGUAAUGGCACUUGGAUAUCUCUUGCCUGGUCACACUCCUCUGUUAGCACCAUAAGUUUCUGGGUCUCAGUUGACUGUUCUAGGAGUAUGGGUUCUUGUGUUUCACUUGGCUGACAAUAUUUGUCUUGCAGUUCCGUCUCUUUCUGGAUCUUAAUGGACUCUUUUUGAGGUGAUGGCACUUGGAUAUCUUUUGCCCGCUCAUGCUCUUUUGUUACCUCCACUUGUUGCUGGGUAUCGGUGGACUCUUUUUGAGUUAGGGGCUCUUGGUUUUUGCUUGCCUGAACACGUUUUUCUAGUAGGUCCGUCUGUUUCUGAUCUUCAGUAGACUCUUUUUUGAAUACUGGCUCCUCUGUUUUUGGCUUCUGACAAUUCUUCUUGGUCAGUGCUGCGGAAUUUUGUAUCCCAUCUGGCUCUUCUGGGAAGGAGGGCUGUACAGUUUGUUGUACCUGAACAUUUUCCUCAGGUAUCCCUGUCUGCUUAUGGUUGUCAACUGAAACUACUGAAUCCAGUGCCAGAAUGGCAUUCACACUAACCUCACUUUGCUCUGUUGUUUUAAGAGAAGCAAGGGGGUCUAGUAGGGACAGGGGUUCUUCUGUAUCUCUUUGGGAUAGUGGUUCUUCUACCUUUGGGAUCUGCAAAUCUUCCUCGUUUGUCAUUAUGUCUUGGUACUCUCGUAGAUCUGUUUGGGAUCGAGCUCCCUGUGGCUGAACUCCUUUCUCAGUUGGAUUUUUUUCUUUUUGCUUGUCAGCCGGCUCCAUCUGGUGGAAGGAAGAUUGCACUACAAAGGUUUGAUGACCUUCCUUGGUUGGCUCUGGGUCUUUAUGACUAUAUUUUGAGGUACAGGGUUCCUCUUUUGCUACCGGUGCCUUACCAGCUUCAUCAGUUGCUGCCAUUGACUCCUCUGCUUGCAGGGCCCAAAUGCUGUCUUCUUUUUCCUCCAAACGUUCUUGAAAUCGGGGGACCUCUAAACAUUGUGGGGUAGCUUCUUCAUGUAAUUCCUCUGCCAAAGUCUCACUUAUGCAAGCAUGCUCCCUGUCUAUUAAUUCCGUAUUUCCAUCAAUUUCCCCAAGUUCAAUGUCUCUUGCUUCUUUUAAGACUGUUUGCCCCAAGGUCUCAAUUUGGUUCUCCUUUACAUGUGGAACGAUCUCAUGACGCAUCACUGCAUAGUGCUCAUGCAUGACGUCCUCAACACCCAAGGAUGUGGAGAGAAAUUCAACCCCUUCAAUAUUUCUGUUACCAAUGUCUAUGUCUGCGUUUUCUCUUAUCCCAAUCUUUGACAUCUGAUCCAAGCUCCUUUCUGUCUGUUUGGUGUUCAUUUGGACUACUUGUACUAGAUUGCUGGGGUUGGCCUCCAUCACUGUUGCUGGCACAUGCAUCAUCACAGCCUCAUUGCUGAUCCGUGCCAUCUCUGCCAAGUCAUCAGUCAUCAUUGGUGAUUCAUUCACAGUGGUUUCUGUGGAUUCUGGUACUAUAGAUACCAUGAGGGUUUCUUGUUUGCAAGAUGGUCUCCUAAUCAGAUCAGGUCGUGCAGUUGAGACUUCUUUAAAACGGCACGUGGUCAUUUGAGUCACCAGAGCGUACUCGCGUGUAGCAAUUGUCGCCUCUACAUUUGGUAGAUCACAGUUUUCUCCCAUAGUUCGGUUUUCCACAUCACUUGCACGUGCCUCAAGUUUGACUUUGUCUGCAAGACUUCCACAAACGUCAGGGAUUUCUUCAAUAAUGACAUUUUCAAGACUCUGGGCGCACUUUUUUUCCUCCUGGUGUAAGCAUAUAUGUGCUUCUGUGACAUGUAGUGUGCCACCUUCCUCUCCCUCUCCUUCAUCAGCUGUGAUCUCUGGUUCCAAAUUAUUCUGCUCAUCUAAAGCCUGAUCCGGUGGAGGCUUUGUUUGAUCUACCUCCGAAACAAUUUCUCUCUCAGUUUCUGGUUUGGGAAUUUCCUCUUCCAAUGUUUCCUUUGAAAAUGCUCGAGUGAUGCUUUGUUGAUUGAUCACCAGUCCAGACAUAGCCACCCCCUCCACUGUUUCUGUCUCAUCUGGAGGAACUUCUUCCAGCUCUUGGACCUCCUCCCUUACGGUUAGCAGUGCUUCUGUUUCAACACUGUAUUUCAUUCCUUCAUUCUGGUUAUCGUCACUUUUCUUUGCCAGAGUACCCUCUGUCAAAAUGGUUACUUGUGAACACAAACUCAUGUUUGUGUUCCCUGGCUGGAGAGUUAAUUCAGACAUUGGCUCUGCACCCUCCUUGAGUUCGCUUGGGAGGCUCUCCUCUACCAGAAUACCUUCUGUUGUUUCUUCAGACUGAAGUAAUUCCACAUUGGCUUCUUCCGAUGCUAAGACUUCAGACAUUUUUAUGUUGUCCGUUUCAUUCACCGUUUCGUCGUCGUCUUCCUGUGCGUCCGCAUUCAUUUCAGUUAGCGCAACCGCCUCCUCUUUAACUUCAACUGAAACUUUUCUCUCGUCAGCAAUAUCUUCCGUUGUUGCCUUUCCCUCUUCUGCCAUAACUUGGUCUGCAUUCGGUUCUGUUUUGAUUACAUCCACUGCUUUCUGGUUACUCUCUGCUUGAACUUCAGUCAACCGCAUUGUCUCCUCUUUGAGUUCUUCCGUUAUCUGUAUUUCUGCAUUGAUGGUUUCUUCUGCCACAACCGAGUCGGUUUGGAUUGAUUGUUUCGAUUGUGUUUCUUCUAUUUCUUUCCCUCGUUCAAUUUCAGAUGCACCCACUGCCACCUCGUCAUCUUUUGCUGACUCAAUAAUGGUUUGAAGCUGAGGCGCCAUCUUCUCCCCGCAUUCUUCUGUCAUGGUUUUUGUUGGAUGGAUGUCUUCUCUUACUUCUUUGUGGUCAUCUGAUUUUGCGCAUUUUUCUUGUACUACUUCCCGUUCAGGACUAAGGUCAGAUUUGGCCUGCUGGUCUGCGCUAACUGGUUCAUCCUCAGUGAGAGGCGCAGGUCUGUAUUUCGCUUCAGCAAUCAAUGUUUCUUGUGCAAGUAUACUUUCUGAUAUGUCUUCCGCUUUAACUGACAGGUCUCUUCCUUCUAUGUCUUUGUCUUCUUGUACGAAUUUGAUUUGAGUCUCGUUUAUAGUGUUUUGGUCUUUUGCUGUUUCCUCAGCGUCAGUUUCCGGCAGAGGCAUGUUGUCGUCUUUCACUUCUUCCCCUGGAUGGUCUUCUCCAUGAAUGUCUUCUUUGAGUUCAUCGUGUUGGACGUCAGCUCUAUCCGAUUCAAACUGUGUUUUUGGUGUUGCCACUAAUUCUUUGUGUUCCUGAAUAGAUUCAAUUUCAGGUCCAACCAUUGCUUUGUCCAGAGGCGGUCCUGCAACUGUCUUGUUGUCUGCUUCUGCUUUCUCUGAUACGCGCGAUGUUGCUUGUACAGCUUCUAUUUCGUCUGCGGAUGUCUCCACGGGCUCCUUUGCGACAUCUUUGUUUUCUGGUUCUAUACUAAUAUCAGUUAGGAGCUCAGUCAUCUCUUUGAGUUCACUCACAACCGUCUCGGAAAGCAUUUCAUCUUCGUGUUUUUCAUUUUUCAUUUCAUUCUUCGUGUUUU